CCGAUUAUGUAUUCGUAUUAUUGAUAACGUAUUCUGAGGUGUGGAUCGAGAAUCAUGGAAAGGUAUAGUCCAUAAAAGAUCUGCAUGUCAUUUUCGUAAUUAUCAUUGAAAACUUGCUUCUUUAUUAGCAUUAUUUGCCCAACCGAGUAAAUAUUUACUAAAUCAUGCCAAUCAAGCAAAUAUGGGAAACUAAAAAUUAAAUCAAAUUGAAAAAAAAAUAAUUUUUUCUCUCGAUCUGCCAUUUUUGCAUGCACUGGAUUAACACGUGGACAACUCUGGGCUGGGUGGGGUCCAUGUUUUGCACCGAUCACGACACGUCGCACCAGAUAACUACAGAAAAAACGUGGGACCGGCAUCAUGGAAACCGUUAGAUCACAUCAUGCAUGGUCGCCACGUGUUACAUCUUCUGCACCUCCCGCCAUCAUCUCUCUUCCCUCCCCCUGCCCGUUUAUUGUUUCUUUGUCGUGUUCGUGAAACAGUAACAGCACCUAGUAGUCACGGUCACUCGCGGAUGCGUGUACUCCUUCAUGCACCCCACCCCAAAGGAAAAAGGGGGAAGGAAGGGAAUGUGAAGGGUAGGUUUGUAAAUUUGGGAAGCUAAAAAUGCUUCCUCGUUUCAUUCUUCUUCUUGGGGUGUGGUUGCACUUAAUACGAAUUUAGCUGGCUGUUGAGUAGAGAGGUGAAUUCUAAAUGGAAAUACGAUUACGUGUGCUCUAAGCGAAGACCCAAAGCCUUUUUUCUUUUUCUUUUUGUUUUGUUUCCUCCUAUUUCUCUCACUCUUCAGCUUCUUCUGAAUUGGAAAAGGAGUUUCUUAUACAGGGAGAAACAGGAAUCUGGGUCUGUUUUGUUCUGUUUCUUUGAUCAAAAAAGAAAGAAAAACUUAAGACUUUUCUCGGGGUUUGGUUUGAGUUUUGGUUUAAGUGUAGAUGAUGAUGAUGCGUGAAAGAGCUGUUUGAGGUAAAUGGGUAGUUGGGGUUUUGGAUUUUGAGCCGUGAAUCAGUGACAGUGUUGUUACCCAAAAGAAAAAAAAAGGUGAAAGGGAAAUGAGGAAGUCGUUUAAGGAUUCUCUCAAGGCUCUUGAAGCUGAUAUUCAGUUCGCCAAUACCCUGGCUUCUGAUUAUCCAAGAGAAUAUGAUGGUGCCUACCUUCAGAUGAGGUUAUCCUACAGUCCGGCUGCUCAUCUAUUUCUUUUCCUUGUUCAGUGGACUGAUUGCUAUCUUGCUGGUGCCUUGGGAUUGCUCAGAAUUCUUAUCUACAAGGCAUAUGCUGAUGGGAAAACCACCAUGUUAAUUCAUGAAAGGAAAGCUAGCAUAAGGGAAUUCUACGGGGUGAUCUUUCCCUCAUUACUGCAACUUCAAAGAGGAAUCACCGACGUGGAUGACAGGAAACAGAAGGAAAUGUGUGCUGCAAAGUACAAGAAAAGGGAUGAAAUGAAUAAAGGAAAGCUCUCUGAAAUCGAUUUAGAAAGAGAAGAAGAAUGUGGGAUUUGCAUGGAGAUGCACAGCAAGAUCGUGUUGCCUAAUUGCAACCAUUCAAUGUGUAUGAAAUGCUACCAGACUUGGCACGCAAAGUCUCAGUCAUGCCCCUUCUGUAGGGACAGCCUCAAAAGGGUUGAUUCGGGUGACCUUUGGAUAUAUACCAGCAACAAUGACAUUGUCGAUUUGUCCUUGAUAUCGAGGGAGAAUAUGAAGCGACUCUUCAUGUACAUCGAGAGGUUACCGCUCAUCGUUCCGGAUCCGAAGAUUGUUUCUUACGAUCCACGACUCCGUUGAUUCAACUUAUUAUUCGGGUUGGAUUUUAGAGGUGUAUAUAACCGUACGGUUCCAUUGUAUAUCAUUCAUGUUCUCUUCAUUUCAUUGUAGUAAAAAUAUCAGAAGAUGUAGAUAAACAUUCUUUGUUAUUAAGGUAUGUUUUCCACAUUGAAAAGUUCUCAUCUAAUUGUAGAUGCAGAAUGUUCCUUUGCCCUCGAUUCUCAAUGGUUGUUUUGAAAUGUUAUGAUCUUUCUCGAUCGAUUGAAAAUA